GAUCAGGUAUUACAUCAUAGAAAUGGUCAAAAUUUUGCCGCGAUUUUUUCCUUGUGUGGUCGGAAGAGAACUAUGAGAGCGUCGUGAGAAUUAGAAGCGAACGAUUAAUGUCUAAGAAAUUUUCUAUUUUAAUUUUCUAACUAUUAACAAUAGAACAAAAUGUCUAAAGUAAAUACAUUGUACAAUUAUUUCAUAUCACCAAAGACUGUUAAACAAAAAGAUAAUAAAGAUAAUAAAGACAAUAAAAGUACAAAUGCUGCAACGCCAGGAACACCGAAAAGUGGACGAAAGAACAAAGAACAAAAAAAAGUAGAAGAAAAAGAAAAUCGUCAAAUUGAUAUACGCAAAAGAAAUUGGAAAAAUGAAGAAUCAGAUGAAAAUGAAGAAAUUGUACCAGUUCAACCCAAACGACGUAGAAUUAUUAUACCUGAAGAAGAUUCUGGUGAAGAUUCUGGUGAUAGUUUCAAACCUGAUUCAGCAGAUGAAGAUAGUGAAACUGAGUUAUCUGAAGGUGUUACAGAAAGUGAAAUAGAAACUCAAGAUGAAGAAACUCCUGAGAAAAAACCAAAGAAGUCUGUAAUUGCCAAGGGGGGUUCACGUAAAGAAAAAGGAACACCCAAACAAGUAGUGAAAAAAGAAAUAAAAUCAGUUUCUGCACCACAAUCUCAGGAACAAUCAACAAGUGCACCUGCUAUUCCAGCAGAUUCAUGGCCUCACUUAAAAUAUGAUUUCCUUCAACCUAAUAAAAGAAGGGAUAUUAAUAAAAGACCACCAACCGAUCCAAACUAUGAUUGUAGAACUGUUUACGUACCAUUGGAAUUCCUUAACAAUCAGACACCUGCCAUGAGACAGUGGUGGGAACUCAAGAGCAAACACUUUGAUUGUGUUCUAUUUUUCAAAGUUGGAAAGUUCUACGAAUUGUAUCACAUGGAUGCAGUUACUGGAGUUAAUGAACUUAAUCUAACAUACAUGCGUGGAGAAUUUGCACAUUCUGGUUUCCCAGAAAUUGGAUAUGGACGUUUUUCAACGAGUCUUAUUGAAAGAGGAUAUAAGAUUGCACGUAUUGAACAAACUGAAACACCAGACAUGAUGACACAACGUUGUAGUAAAAUGUCCAAAGUAACCAAAUACGACAAGGUUGUAAAACGUGAGAUUUGUCAAAUAAGUACAAAGGGUACUAGAGUUCAUACUCCUUUGGAUGUUGACGUAUCUACACCUAAUUCUAAUUAUCUUCUCUCUUUGGUUCAAAAAUGUAAAUCAGGAGUAAACAGCAGUUUUGGAGUAUGUUUCAUAGAUACCACCAUCGGUGAUUUUCAUCUUGGAGAAUUUGUCGAUGAUUGUUACAAUUCCAGACUAUUGACUUUAUUUGCACAUUAUCCACCAGUCCAUAUUGUCUAUGAACGCGGAAAUUUAUCACCAGCCGUAUUGAAAAUUUUAAAUAAUUCGAUGGCAGCUGCCUACAAGGAGUCUCUUCAACGCGAUGUACAAUUUUGGACUGCUGCUAACACGUUGAAAUAUCUUCACGAAGGUGAAUAUUUUAAAAAAGAGAAAGAUUCAAAUUUUGUUUGGCCCGAAGGUUUACAACCUUAUUUAAGUGAAGGAGAUAGUUUGGGUUUAACUCCUUCCGAAGAUAAAGAAUUAGCAGUACGUGCUCUUGGAGGAUGCAUUUAUUUACUUAAAGAGUAUUUACUCGAUCAACAAUUAUUGGCACAGGCACAAUUUAAAACAUAUGUACCACCUGAUUUCUUCAAUGGUGAUGAACGUACAGAAAUAAAACUCAUGAACAAUAUGGUAUUGGAUGCUAUUACAAUCAACAAUCUACGAAUUUUUGGAGAAGGUUCUCUUAUGAAAACAUUGGAUUAUUGUGCUACUGCAUUUGGUAAAAGGUUGUUACGAGAAUGGAUAUGCAGACCAUCUUGUCGUAAAAAUAUUAUAAAAGAGCGUCAAGAGGCUAUACAAGAAUUAAUAGAAAAUGUUAAUGUAGUUCAGUCUAUUCGAUCAGUGUUGUCGAAUCUUCCAGAUUUAGAAAGAUUAUUAAGCAAAAUACACGCAUUGGGUAAUAAAGCUAAAUUAUGGAAUCAUCCUGAAGGAAGAGCAAUAAUGUUUGAGGGUCAGACGUACUCGAAAAGAAAGAUUAUGGAUUUUAUUACAACUUUAAAUGGAUUUGAAAAAGUAUUGGAAAUUAUUGAUUUGUGUUCUGAUUUCAAAACCAAUUUGAUAAGUCGGUGUACCAAAUUCGAACCAGAAGGAGAAUUUCCUCAUUUGAGAGAGACCCUUGAUUAUUUUAAAACAGCAUUCGAUCACGAGGAAGCAAAGAAACAGGGAUGUAUCGUACCUAAAAAAGGAGUGGACGACGAAUAUGACUCAGUGUUAUCUCAGAUGGAUGAAAUAAAGGAAGAUUUAGAUGCUUACUUAGCAAAGCAAAGAAAACAUUUUGGUGUUAAGGUAACAUUCUUUGGUCAUGAUAGAAAAAGAUUUCAAAUUGAAGUUCCAGAUUCUCAAAUAAAAAAAGUUGGAUCGGGAUAUGAAUUAGCAUCCCAACGUAAAGGUUUCAAACGUUACUAUACCGCUGAAGCAAAAGAACUUUUGGCAAGACAAACGAGUGUUGAGGAAACCAGAGACAAAGUUUUGAAGGAUUUGAACAGACGAAUAUUCGCAAAGUUUAGUGAGAAGUAUGACAUGUGGCAUAUGGCUGUUCACAAAAUAGCUAUUUUAGAUGUUCUCAUAUCUCUUGCUGAAUAUGCUCAUAGCGGUGAUAUGUGCAUUCCAGAAAUUCAUGACGUAAACGAGGGUGAAAUCUUCAUCGAUAUCAAAGAUGGAAAGCAUCCGUGUAUAUUAUCAGAUAACUUUAUUCCCAAUGAUACUUCAAUCGCUAAAGAUCAGACAGCUUCGGUAAUUAUUUUAACUGGUCCAAAUAUGGGAGGUAAAUCUACUCUGAUGCGUCAAAUAGGAUUGUUAACGAUCAUGGCACAAAUUGGUUGUCACGUACCAGCAAGUUCAUGUAAUCUAACAUUGGUAGAUCGUAUUUUUACAAGAUUAGGAGCAAACGAUGACAUUCUAGCUGGCCAAAGUACAUUCCUGGUUGAAUUAACGGAAACUUCUGCUAUAUUAAAACACGCCACACCUUAUUCUUUAGUUUUGUUAGACGAAUUAGGUCGUGGUACUUCAACAUACGAUGGUACAGCAAUAGCUGCGUCAGUUGUUAACGAACUGACAAAGUUAAAAUGUCGUACAUUAUUUUCAACGCAUUAUCAUUCAUUGGUAGAAGAUUACAAAAACAAUCCGGACGUAACAUUGGUUCACAUGGCAUGUAUGGUAGAAACUGAAGAAGARGAAGAAGUAUCUCAAGAAACUGUUACAUUUUUGUAUAAACUCAGUGAAGGUGCUUGUCCAAAGUCUUAUGGAUUUAAUGCAGCAAGAUUGGCUGGUAUUCCACUUGCUAUUACAAACAGAUCACGUGAAAUUGCUAAAAGAAUGGAACAAGAAACUAUUAAUAAACAUCUCUUCAUUAGUCUUUGUAAAGCUAACGAAUCUGAGAUAAGAACUCUUAUUACAAGUAUUUAAAAACGAACAGAAAACAAAAUGAAGAAUGAAUUAUUUAAAUGAUCAAGAAAAAGGUAUUAAAUAUAUGUGUAAUGUAUAUCGCGUAAAAAAAAAAGAUUUGCUACAAGAAAUAACCAAUAUCUUGUGAAGUAAUGUGAUACACAAGUACAAGUAUACGUAACUUUGAAUUUAUUUAUAAUUAUUUCUUGUCGCGAAUAUGUUCAUUUUGUCUACUCAAUCAUUUGCAUACUUUCCUAUUACUUCUCGUACCUUAUAUUAUAUUAUUUCUUUUUUUUUUUUUUUUAUUUGAAAUUUGUCGUUCUAUUUAAAACACUUUUUGCAUAAAUAAAUUAAAUUGUAAUCGUAUUUGUUAUAUUUUUUUACUCAAUAAAUUGUUUGGUACCAAAUAUGCCUCAUGUGUGUUACUGGAGUUUAUUUUUUUAUAUUUUAUGUAUGUGUACGAAUGAUUAUAUAAUUUCAGGAACUUUAUACUUUUAUGUAUGAAUAGUUUUUAAAACAAUAGGAAUGAUAAUUAUUAAAAGAUCAAUUUGUUUGCAACAUUAAAAUGCAGUUUCUUUGACAGAGAUGUACCUAAAAUAAUAUAAACCAAUAAUAAUUGAACACCUAUGAGAAAAUUGAUUAAACAAUAAGAAUAUCACUUGUAAAGAGAAUAAUUAUUGCUUACAAAAACUUUAUUAAUCAAUGCCAAAAUACAAAAAGGCUUUUUCUUCAUGACUAAUUACGAUGCAUUACAAAUGAUAUAAACUUUGCUCACACCAAACGAUUGCAUUAAAAAAAAAAAAAAAUAUAUCUUGGUGAAUAGAAGAAGAAGAAGAAGAAGAAGAAGAAACGAUACAACACAUGUAGUAUGUGUGAAAUAUUGUAGUGAAAUAAGAAUUGUCAA